CGAAACCGAAGCCAAGCUGAGCCAAGCACAUGUCACGUAAAUUUUACCUUCACCUCUUCACUGUUUCUUUUCUUUUUUAAAUUUUCUGCAAUCAAAGCUAAAGAAUUUAAUACUAAUAAACAACAAAAAGGGAAGGGGCGAAGCAGAAUAUGCUGUUUAUUAUUUACUUUCUUAUACGAAAACCCAAACCCAAAGUGUGGUGCUGUGAAGAACGGGACUCGUCGUUUUUAGUGUAUAAUAAUAAUUAUUAUUAUCUUGAAUUGGAGCACUGUAAGUUUUAUGGCUACACGUGGUUUCUGAAGAAAACCCUCUGUUUGAAUUUACACUUUCCCUUUUUUUUUUUUGGGGUUCAACUUGUUAGUGUUACUUCUAGGCUUUGAAACAACACUACUCUUUUCUGUCGCCGGAAAGUUCUUUUUCUUUUUUUAUUCCGUCAAGGAGGGUUGAAAAAAAAAUAAUGGAGGACCAAACAAGUGAUGAUUGGUUACCACCUGGUUGGAAAGUAGAGGUGAGGCAAAGAAGGAAUGGUAAAAAAGAUAAGUGUUACUAUGCUCCAUGUGGUGAACUUAGAUUCAUUUCCAGGGCAGAAGUGGUUCGUUAUCUCAAAAAUUGUGGUUCUAAAACAGAAGAGAAGGAAAAAGUUCCGAGCAAACAAUCUUCGAAAAAUGUUACAGUCGAGAAGGCCGAGGCAGAAGGGUUACCUCCGGGAUGGACUAAGGAAGUUAAGAUAACAAAGAAGGGAAAUAAAGUCAGAAGAGAUCCGUUUUACACUGAUCCUGUGAGUGGAUAUGUGUUUCGUUCCAUGAAGGAUGCUCUUCGUUAUGUUGAAACCGGGAAGCUUGGAAAGCUUGCUUUCAAGCCUAAGGAGAAUGAAAGCAAUGAAGAGGAUUUGGAAGAAGAUGAUAUCUGUGAGCCUGUAAUCGUCGAGAGCCAGAAGGUAGCUGUGAAAGGAAUGACUGAUGAAGUAGAGAAACAGACUGCUGAACAUGUUUCGAAUUCGAGUGGGAUAACAAAGGAAGAAGAGAUGCUUAAUUCUGCCAGUACUGGAGAACAGAUGUCCCUUUCUGAACAUACUCCAAAUCAGCAUAAAGCUGGAGUAGAUGCUGAAUCGAGCAGCUUGAACCUGUCAGAAGCUAAGGACUCGGAACAGAUGGGACAAAAAGAAGAAAGUGCACAUGCUUCGGGUGAUGCAGUUGGGAUCGGCUUAGAUGAACAUUGUAGAGACGAUGGGAUGAUGAAUGAUGAAACUGAAAAAACCCAACAAGGAAGGAGCAAGACCAAGCUUAAGAAAGAUGUUAGUGCCCCUCGACGAGCUUCAAAACGACUUGCUGGAGUUGCACUUGAUCCAACACCGGAAAUAAAAACUAGAGCUCGCCGAUCUUCAAUUAAGCAAUUAAGUGAAGUACUUGAUGGAGAGGAGAAUUCAUCCCCUGGUAACCUUAUCAAUAGGGCUUCCAAGCAGCUGGAUUUACUUGAGUCUUCUUUGGAAACAAGCUGUGCCCUUGAUGCUUCUAAGAGUAAAGAACCAAUACUGGGUAUGAGUAACACGGUUUCUUCCGUGGACAUGCUGGUCGUGAAUGGUCAUGUUGGAAAUUUAGAAACAAAAACUAAUGCAGGCGAAGAUAAAAGUGUUUUGCCUCUCGGUUCCAGGAAGCUUGAAAGUGAUGAUAAAGCUAGUGGCGUGCCAGGGUCUCUCAUUGAUAUGCCUAUUGCAGAUUUAUGGACAGAUCCAUGCAUUGCAUUUGCCAUUCAAACUCUCACCGGAAUUCCCUGCGAUACUCCAACGAUAUCAGAGUCAAAUAGUGGAAAAAAUCCAGUGAUUCAAGCUACUCCGGAAGCUCGUGCCGAGAGGGAAGGAUGCGGUCUCGAUAUGCCUCUGACAGACCCAGCUAUUUGGAAAGAACAUACCGGAAAGGUCGAAAAAGGCCACGAUAUGCCUGAAUCAUCCCUCGAAAUGCCUUUGGCAGAUAUCUGGGCAGACCCUUGCAUUGAGUUCGCAAUAAAAACUCUUACAGGGGCAAUUCCGGUCGAAUACGGUCUGGACAAUCAACAUUGCUUUCAGCAGCAACCGAGCUCUGUCCCGAACCAAUCUGUUAACCACUUGACAUUGCCAGACGUCGGUCUUGAUAAAUUCUCGCAAACCGAAUUCAUACGCCAGCAAUACGAUGUUACAGGUAAGUCAAUGUCUAAAGAGCACGGUAUUAGAAAUCCUAUAUAUAAUUACAGUCACCAUCAUCAUCGGAGUGGAGAGAGGCCGUGAUUGCCGAAGGCUAUAUCGUCUUUCUAAUUUGUAUAGUGCAGGAAACUAGCCAGAAUUUAGAAAAAAAAAAAGAAAAAAAAGAAAAAGAAAGGAAGACUAGUAACCAUGUUGUAACAUUUCUCUCUUUUAAUGUUUUUUAUUUGUUUGACAUUUUAAGUAUGAUUAUUGUUUCCCAGUUGGGUACGCAUAAUGUUAGGAUGUGGUUUGCAUCAUUAAAUCCCACCAAUCGUGUUUGGCACUGUUGACACUUUUGUGGAAUUUGUAAUCAAGUCCUUUCUAACUUUAUUGUUGGUAGAAAUAUUAGAUAAGAUAUGAUUAUAUUUUA